AUGUUCCCUUGGCUGUCUGUGUGGAUAUUGAUUACAAGCUGCAUAGCUCCAGUCCCAGUUCCUGUGCUUGCUAUGAAAUCUCUUGGUACUUCUAGACUGGUUGUUUCACCAGACACCAAUGUUGAGAAAAUCCGUGGUGUGGGUGCAGAUGAUGCGUUUCCGAGAAGGAGAAACAUUAUGAUGAAGGGUACCACGCUGCAGCGUCAGUACCGAAAAGUCGACGGUGGGGUGCUGUGGUCGCGCAACGAGCGCAACCUCGACUGCACCGUCACCUACCAGACGCAUAGCAUCCUGCAGCGCUUUAUGCUGCACUUCGAAAUGCUGCAGCUUGACUGCAAUGACCACCUCUACGUGUACGAUGGUGCACAUCCCACCGGACCGCCUAAGGCGGACCUCUCGUGCCGCAACACCAAGCAGCAGGUGGGCGCGUUGUUUACGCGCAGCAACUUCGUGACGCUCAAAUACGUCACCGACAACUGGGGCACGGACGCCAACGGUUUCAAGCUCGUCAUCACGGCCGUUAAAGACCCCAAGCACGGCUGCAAAGAAUUUCGGUGUAAACAGCGUGAGUUCUGCGUGAGCGCGGACCUCACCUGCGACGGAGUUGACCACUGCGCGGACGGCUCCGACGAAGACACCGCUGUACUCUGUCCUGAUGUUCAAAGUGAGGCCAAUUCUCAGAACGUCACAAUAAAUUAG